UCUACUGUAAAUAUGGUCAAUGUACCUAAAACCCAAAGGACUUUUUGUAAAAAGUGUGACAUGCACCAGCCUCACAAAGUGACCCAGUAUAAGAAGGGCGAAGAUUCCCUUUACGCCCAAGGAAAGAGGCGCUAUGAUCGGAAACAGAGCAGCGACGGUGGACAGACGAAGCCAAUUUUCCGAAAAAAGACUAAAACCACGAAGAAGAUUGUGCUAAAACUUGAAUGCGUUGAGCCAAACUGCAGAUCCAGGAGGAUGCUGACCAUCAAGAGACACAAGCAUUUUGAACUGGGAGGAGACAAGAAGAGAAGGGGCCAAGUGAUCCAGUUUUAA